GUUUCCAAUGCUCAUGGUAUCUUAAACCAAGAACAGCCUGCCGCCCUUAAGAACCCCUUGUCGUGAAGCACGAUGAAACUGCACCUAGCUUCCUGUCUCGUGUUUGCUCUUGCGACUUUUGAGGCAGUUGGAGCGUCCAGCUGGUUCAGUAAAGCUAUCUACAACAAAUGGCAUGAAACUGAGCUCGAAAGAUGGCUGUCUGAUCAUGACAUCCCGUACCCUUCCCCAGCCGAUCGCAGGGAUUUGGAAAACCUCGUCAAGUCCAACUGGGAGUUGAGGGUUCAAAAACCAAUUGGAAAGAUUACAGAUCAAGCAUCAGACCAGUGGCACCAUACAAAAGAAUGGAUCUUCGAUACAUGGUCCGAUUCUCAGCUCAAGGCAUUUCUCGACCGACAUGGUAUCCCUUGCCCACAGCCUCGUAGGCGUGAUAUCCUACUCAGAACAGCUCGGGAGAACUACGAAACUGUCGCAAAGAAGCUUGGCGAGGCCGCCUCGUACCCAGGAAAUUGGCUCUACGAGCAAUGGACGGAGUCCGACUUGAAAGUGUGGCUUGAUGAGCGCGGAUGGCCUGUGCCACAGCCCACCACUCGGGAUCGAUUGAUCGCAGCUGUGCGCCGCAACACUCGCCUAGCUAGCCUCCAAUCGCGGAGUAUCGCUGCCUCGGUCGCUGCGUCGGCUGAAGCCGCACAGGCAUCCUUGAGUGAAGCUUUGUUCAACGCUUGGUCUGAUUCCGACCUCAAGAAAUUCCUGGAUGAACAUAGUGUCCAUGUACCGCAGGGCUCUCGACGCAAUGAACUUAUUGCGCUAGCACGUAAGAACCGUGGUUUUCUACUGAGCCAGGCUUCGACUGCAUCCGAGCACAUAGGCGCCGCUACUUCCAAGGCAGGCAAUGAGUAUGUCAAAGCCACCACUAAUGCAGAGUUAAAGGCGCAAGAAGCAUUUGAUACUGCUGCGAGUGCAUGGUCGAAUUCCCGCUUAAAGGCGUUCCUUGAUGCCAGGGGUAUUCCUGUACCCCAGACUGGCAGGCGAGAUGAGCUGCUAGCGAAAGUGAGAGCAAAUCGACACAAGGUGGCUACGGAGUGGAACGCUUGGACCUUCGAUACAUGGGACACUGAAAGUCUGAAGAAGUAUCUUUCUUCGGUGAACUCCAAGGCUGCACAACGUGCGGGGGCAGCUCGGGAUGAGCUUUUAAAGGAGGCACAAGAUGCUUUCAAUCGAGCCUCAAAGGCUGGAGGGUCGGAGCUGGCUUCUGCAACCUCGCUCAUCAAUGAGGCCACCGCAAGUGCCAAAGAAUCAGCCUUCGACACUUGGUCGCAGUCCGACUUGAAGGAGUAUUUGGAUUCCUACGGUGUUCCAGUCUACCAGGGGUCCGAACUCAACGAGUUACGCGCUACAGCCCGACGCAAUGCGCACUACUUCAAAUAUGGCACCUCCACUCCCCAAGGAGCUCUCUAUGCCAAGUUCCAAGGAGCCCUGCAGUGGGUGAUGGACCAGCUGAGGAUUGGCGCAGCGAGUGGCAGAGCCCGGGGUCAGGAGGCGGCCGAGAAGAUAAAAGAGAAGCUUGAGGAGGUAGCUGAGGAUAUCCGAUCUGAGCUGUGAGAUGAUGCUGAAUAUGACUUGUUUUCUUCUUUGUUUUUGCGCAUACGAAUGUCAUUUGAUGUUUUGGAAGGUAUAUGCCCUGCUUACCAGUAUGCUUAUCUCCGCGUGUAGGUAAAAAGUUAAUGAGAACAUGGAAAAGAGUUAACG